AUGUCCCGAUUCCUCCGACCCGCAGCUCGUCUGGCUGCCUCGACACGAGCUGCCACAUCCAUCAAGGCGAAUGCGCCGUCCUUUUCACAGGCCAUUGCGCGCCCCGUCUACUUUGGCGGAUCGUCGCAGAGCAGGUCGUACGCCGAGGGCGCUGGCGUCAAGGAGUACACCGUCCGAGAUGCCCUCAACGAGGCCCUGGCCGAGGAGCUCGAGGCCAACCCCAAGGUCUUCAUCCUGGGUGAGGAGGUUGCCCAGUACAACGGAGCGUACAAGGUCACAAAGGGACUGCUGGAUCGGUUCGGCGAGCAGCGUGUCAUUGACACUCCCAUCACCGAGAUGGGUUUUGCCGGCCUGGCUACCGGUGCCGCCUUGAGCGGACUGCACCCCGUGUGCGAGUUCAUGACCUUCAACUUCGCCAUGCAGGCCAUUGACCAUGUUGUCAACUCCGCCGCCAAGACCCUCUACAUGUCUGGUGGUAUCCAGCCCUGCAACAUCACCUUCCGUGGCCCCAACGGCUUCGCUGCCGGUGUCGCCGCCCAGCACUCUCAGGACUACUCUGCCUGGUACGGCAGCAUCCCCGGCCUCAAGGUCGUCUCCCCCUGGAGCUCCGAAGACGCCAAGGGUCUGCUCAAGGCCGCCAUCCGCGACCCCAACCCCGUCGUCGUCCUCGAGAACGAGCUCAUGUACGGCCAGAGUUUCCCCAUGUCCGAGGCUGCCCAGAAGGACGACUUCGUCAUCCCCUUUGGAAAGGCCAAGGUGGAGCGUGCCGGCAAGGACCUCACCAUUGUCACCAUGUCCCGAUGCGUCGGCCAGUCCCUCGUUGCCGCCGAGAACCUCAAGAAGAACUACGGUGUCGAGGCCGAGGUCAUCAACCUGCGAUCCAUCAAGCCCCUGGAUCUUGAGUCCAUUGUCCAGUCCAUCAAGAAGACCCACCGUCUGCUUGUCGUCGAGUCUGGCUACCCUGCGUUCGGCGUUGGCGCCGAGAUCCUCGCCCUGUCCAUGGAGUAUGCCUUUGACUACCUUGAUGGCCCUGCCCAGCGAGUCACCGGUGCCGAGGUGCCCACUCCCUACGCCCAGAAGCUGGAGGAGAUGUCCUUCCCCAACGAGCAACUGAUUGAGAACUUUGCCGCCAAGAUGCUGCGAUUGUAA